CGUCCGUCACCCGCCCGCCUCAUUUUCGUUUCGUUCGUUUUUCUCGUGGUCGAGGUCGUCAGUGGUAGUUUCAGAGGUUUUGCCGCUUUGUAACUUAAAUUGUUGUGAUAUCUAUGAGAAUAAGUAUUUUAAAGUGCGUGGACAUCUACGAAUAAGCCGACCUUUCUUUCGUUAAUACAUAAUAACUAGUACUUAAACUAUUCAAGAUGUUUUGGGGACUCAUAAUGGAGCCUAACAAGCGGUACACGCAAAUAGUGGAGAAGCCAUUCCACAUAUCACAGGCCGCCAUGGACAUCUCUACAGGGGACAAUGACCCGUGUCAAGUGAUGGUCGUUGUAGACGGCAAGAAUUUCCUCGUGUGCACACUACAGAAAAACAAAACCAUUCAAGUUCCAUUGGACUUGUACUUCAAAGCUGGGGAUGCAGUUUCUUUCCUUACAAAUGGUAAAUGCAAUGUGCACUUAACGGGCUACUUGGACCCCGAGUUUGAGGAGGAGUUAUCUGAGGAGGAGGAGGAGGAAGAAGAUGAAGAGGAGGAGGUCCCCGCCCUCGUGCCUGCCAAGAACAAGAGGAAACUGGAAAACAGCAACGAUUCCACUGCUGCCAAGAAAGCUAAGCAAGACAAGAAGUCCAACAAGAAGCCAGCUGCCGACGACAGUUCUGAUGACGAUGACGACGAUGAUGAUCAUCUCAAGAAGUUCCUUGACGGCGAGGACAUUGACACUGAUGAGAAUGACGAGUCGUUCAAAGUCAACACGUCUGGCGAAGCAGAUGAUAGUGAUGAGGAAGACUCUGAUGAUGAGGAAGCCGAUGAAGAGGCGGAAGAAGAGGAAGAUGAUGAUGAUGAAAUGGAAACAUCUAACGCUGACACCACAUUAGAUACCAGCAAGGAAGAGAAGAUAGACAUGUCUAAGCUGACCAAGUCUCAGAAGAAAAGGCUGAAGAAGAAGCUCCGUGACCAAGCAAAAACCCAGCCCCAAGUGAAUGGUGUCGACAAGUCCAAGAAGGAGAAGGCAGAUGGUCAACAAAAGGCAGAUAAGAAAAAGGCCGAAACCAAGAAGGAAGACGGCGCCGCGGAGAAGAAAGAGAAAAAGUCUCUUAGUGGCGGAGUCUCCAUUGAAGAUACGAAGGUUGGGUCUGGACCUGCAGCAAAACCCGGGAAAUUCGUCACGGUAUACUACGAAGGUCGCCUGAAGCAAAACAACAAGAUGUUCGACAACUGCCUGAAGGGGCCGGGCUUCAAGUUUCGGCUGGGCGCCAAGGACGUGAUCUCCGGCUGGGACGUGGGCAUCGCUGGCAUGAAGGUCGGAGGCAAGAGGAGGAUCAUCUGCCCGCCCGCUAUGGCGUAUGGUGCUAAAGGUUCACCCCCAGUAAUUCCGCCUAAUGCUACCUUAGUGUUUGAUGUAGAAUUGAAGAAUGUGAAAUGAAAUGUUUAAAGUUAUUCAUAGGAGUGUCAUGGACAUGUUGUUUUUGGUUAUUUUGUUGAAAGGAUGCCAUUUGAUGAGGACGCUACGUCGUAAUUUUAAGCAUACACUAUGAAAUAUCUGCAAUGUAUUUUACAAGUUAAUUAUUUUUGUUGUCCAUCCCCAGUUUUAUAGUAUUUGUUGAAUCUAUUGCAAAUAUUUCAUAUAAGCUAAUAUUAUAUAAGUUCAGUGUAAGAUUAAAUUUAAUGUAAGGAUUAAACUGGACAUUUUUAAUAAUAUAAGAUAAAUUUUGUGACUUCUGAAAAAUAAUCAUAUGUAUGUAAGGUUUAUGUCAUUGUAUCAUCUUUCAGAACAGGAAUACAUGUGUAUGAAUAUCAA